AACCUGCAAUGAAUGACCUGAUUUUGGCAGUUUUUGGUGAUUCAAACAUAUUUUUGGAUUGUGAUAGUGGCGAGUGUCUUCAUUACACUGAGGUUCCUGGAUUUAAAUUUAAAAAUGUUGGUUAUUUUGUCGGAGAAAAACAGAUUCUUUCUUCAAUACACGGGAUUGUGAAGCCUGGUGAAGUUAUGGCAAUAUUGGGUGGUUCUG